GGAGGAGGGAGCUUGCAGCACUGAUCUCUGCUUGCAGCAUCCCAAGAGCAGCCUCUGCUUGUGUCAAAUACAAGAAAGGCCAAAACAGCAGGACUGGAUCCAAGCAGGCAAUCGAAGAACUGGAGGGGCAAUCUCUUGGGGGCUGCUGGGUUAGGGUUACUUUGGUGUGUGUAGUUCAUUCUUAGAGAAAAUGGCUGUUGAGUCAGAGUAAACAGUCUCUGCAUUGCUGAAGGGGGAAGCAGAAGAGGAGGAGCAGAGACAAACACUGGAACCAAUGCUGCCUCUUCCAGUCCCUUUCUUCCUGCCUGUAGCUCUGCUGCUCGUCACCUCUUAGCAUGCAUGUUGUAUGUUAAGGAGAACCAUCAAUGCCUCAGCAGAGCCCAAACCAGCGGGAGGACGCCAUGAGACACAUUAGACACUAAGAAGCAUCACAAGACCCACACUAAGACUAAAUACACACCCUGUGAGUCCAACGCGCCUGAGCAUGGCUGUAAAUGUGGCGCAGACGACAGCGAGUAUCCUCUCCACGACGGCCACCUCAACCGCCACAAUGGACUCUUUGCUCUCAACCGCCGCGAGAACCAGAGAAAACACCACCUCAAGAACAUUUAUGACUGUUACCAUAACAACAAACGAGACCAGCUUCAACGCCACCGCGUUUCCCGACGAGAUGAUUGAGGGUUCGAGCGCUGGAAUGCUGCUGGUGCCCUUUGGCAUCAUCACGGUCAUCGGCUUAGCUGUGGCAAUAUUGCUGUACAUCCGAAAACGAAAGCGGUUAGAGAAGUUGAGACACCAGCUAAUGCCGAUGUACAACUUUGACCCGGCUGAAGAGCAGGAUGACCUGCUGGAACAGGAACUGCUGGAUCACGGACGGGAAGGCAGCCUCACAGGCCCCAACGCCAAGACACUCACAACCUCCCAGGGGACGAUGCAGAGACCCAGUCGCCUGGUCUUCACUGAUGUAGCCAAAGCUCUCAACGCUUAACAGCCCUCCUCCUCCGGCUGAUCGCAGCCACAACCAGACACAGACUGUUGCUCAGGAAGGAAAAGAAGGGGAAACCAGACCGUUAGAGCCUGGAGUAAACGUUUUCAUCACAGCAGUGGUUUGAACAUGACAAAAAGUGUGUGGGAGCAACAGGAAGCAUCUGAAACGAUCUUGCACUGUAGUCACUUGGGCACAAAUUAAGUGUGCACUUUUUAAAAAAAAUCACGUACUUGUUGAUAAUAUGUUUGGUAGCUUGUCACGAAGUUCAGAGUUUCUGCAUUUACUUCAGUGUUUCAUGAGAUGAACCUGUAAAUCUGUGCUAUAGCGAUAUUGUGGUCUCCAACGAGCCUGUACGUCGGACGUGUUGCCAUCUUCA